GAUUAACUUUUUUUAAAUGCCUUUAUUUAAAAAUUAAGUCUUAAUUUGGUAAAAAAUAGAUUUAUGCAAUUAUUUUCAAAUUGGAAUGGAUUUAGAUUUUAUUGACUCUUUUCCAAAUUGUGCCAAACACAGAGAGACAUGUUAUUUAAAAACUGGUGUGUCAAAUCCAAAUUCAUCAAGUUAUUUAAAAAGUUACUUCAUUUGCUCCAAUAAAAAUCAAUGUGAUUUUGUGCAAGAAGCUAACCAUAUAAAACCUGAAAGAUGUUCAGUGCACCAAAAUAACUAUUUGGAAUUGAGAGCUUAUAGACAGGAAGCUGAAGAAAUGAAGAUGUACUACAGAUGCACGUCACACAAGCAAUUAAACAAACCAUGGUGUGGUAGAAUUUCUAAGACCAUUCAGUUGAAGCCACAAAGCAAAGUAACUAAACAGCGUGCACCUGACAGAGGAACAGAAGUGAAAGAACCAGAGAUGAAUGUUAAUAAAUUGAAAAUGACAGAUUUGAAUUUUAAAAAUUUAAACAGCAAAAAGUCGUCUUCACUUGCAGAUUCCAAAGAUAAAUAUUCGUUUACAAAGUCUCCCAACCGUUAUAGGGACGUCUCCUUAGAAAUCAUUGAUGAUAGCAGUGAGGAUGAUGGUAAUGGUGAAACAUAUGAAGACAAGAAUAUUGUCGAUGUUGACAAUAGUAUGGAAGGCAAGAAGGCCAAUCAAAAUAAUAAUAACGAUAGCGCUAAUGCAUUUUCAGCGUCAUCAACGUCAUCAUCAAUUAUUGCUCCAAAGACAUCACAUGGGGCGACUCUAGUGGUGAGACAAACAUUGCAAAUGAAGGAAGAUUCUAGAGCAUCUCAUCUAUCCGCCACAACAGCACUUGAUCAAAAUCCUGUGAAGAAGUGGACCAGAGAUCAUGAGUUGCUGCUUAAUGAAGUUAAAGUUGAUUUAAAAAGAAAUUUGAACGUAAUAGCCGGCAUAGAUCUUUCUAGACUGCCGGAUGGAGGUGACAGGCUGAAGAAGCAAGUUGAGGUACUGACAGAACAGUUGGAGGAACUGAAGAUAAGAAAGAAAGAAUCAAUCAUUGAAGUCGAAAAAGAAGACCAUCAAGAGAAUGUGCUGUUCAAUAAAUUCAAACAAUCAGCUUCAUCAUCUACGACUUCAGCUUUGAAACAGAGCACCAUCUUGAACUAUGCAGUCUCAAAUUGUUUGAUUAGCAAAGAUAGCAAAGAUAAUAAUGACCUGCAUGGUAAUGGACAUUUUUAUGGAGGAAGAAUGACUACUAGCAGAUUGAAGCAAGUAUCUGUCGCAACCACUGAAGCCAUUGACCGCUUGCAUAGCCAACUUGAGUCCUGUCCUCCUCCGACAUCUCAAUGUAGCGAUCCGAAAGGGUUGAGAAUUAGUUUGAUGACACAUCAGAGGCAGGCCCUCGCGUGGUUGACAUGGAGGGAGCUGCAACUCCCAAGAGGAGGAAUUUUAGCCGAUGACAUGGGCCUCGGCAAGACGCUCACCAUGAUCUCACUAGUUCUGAAACAAAAACAAGAAAAAUCAGAGAUGCAGUCGACAUCGAAGACAAGUUGGAUUGGUAAAUCUAAUCGAAAAGUAGAGAGCGGAGGUACUUUAAUUAUAUGUCCAGCGUCACUGCUCCACCAAUGGAGGAUUGAGAUUGAGAAGAGGUUGAUGCCUGGAUUACUGGAUGUCCUGGUGUACCACGGACCGUCCAGAAGGUGCUCUGUAGAGUCAUUAUGCCAGUUUGACGUGAUCUUGACGACAUACAACAUCAUACAGUCAGAGGUAGGAAUUUCUGCAGCCAUGAAGGAUGAAAAACAUACGCAUGAUUUGCCAGCCGUUGACGAGACUGAAACAACAGACUGGUCCACAGUUCUGCUUGCUAUAACAUGGGAAAGAAUCAUUCUAGAUGAAGGACACAACAUUAAGAACCCCAAAAGUCUCACUGCACUGAGUAUUUGUCGGUUGAGAUCGAGGAUAAGAUGGGUCAUGACUGGCACGCCCAUCCACAACAACCUACUUGACAUGUACUCGUUGCUGAGGUUUCUUAGAUGUUCACCUUUUGAUGAGUUUAGAUUUUGGAAGAACCAAGUGGACAAUAAAUCAGAACUAGGUACUCAGAGAUUAAACACGUUGAUCAAAGCGUUGAUGUUAAGAAGAACAAAGGAGGACAUCUCUAUAGAAACUGGAAAGCCGAUCGUCAAUCUCCCUCCAAAAAAAGUAGAGUCCCACGUUUUGGAACUCUCCAAAGGUGAAAAAUUGAUUUACGACCGCAUCUUCAAUAUUUCCAAAGUCGAGAUGCUGAAAUACAUGGAGGCCCAACGACUAAAGUCGUUGGGACAUUCCAAUGAAGACCUUAGUGCUACUGGGAAAACAUUCAAACAGAACGCCGUCAGUCUUGAUGAUUCUGCAAUUGCAAGCCGCUCGCCUGCUGCUGCUGCUAAGGACCUCAACAGAAGCAAUUUAAAACCAAAACGCAUGAUGCAUAUUUUGUCGAUGAUCUUGAGGCUGAGACAGGCGUGCUGUCACCUCUACCUCAUGAAGCAGGCUCCAAAUGUUGAUGACUUGAAAUGUGAAGGGGUUUUUGUUGACCUGGAGAACCAGAUGAGCAUGCUCAGCGUUGAAAACCUGCUGUCCAGUCAUGCAUCUCAUCCAGCUUCUUCAUCGGCGUCCUCAACUAUUCCACUGAAGGAUGUUUUUGAAAUUGACUACAUCAGCACGAAGAUGAACAAAUUGUUAACAAUGCUUGUUGACAUCAAAAACUCUUCGAAAGAGACCAACCAGCCAGCGAAAAGCGUGAUUGUUUCUCAGUGGACGCUGAUGUUGGAGGUGGUGGAACACCACCUGAAUAAGAAGAAGAUCAGAUGUUGCACCAUUCGUGGGGAUGUCUCGCCCAGAAAGAGGUCCGGCAUGGUCGAAACAUUCAAUAACGAUCCUAAAGGACCUGAGGUUAUGUUGCUUUCGCUACGAGCUGGUGGCGUUGGUCUGAAUCUCAUUGGAGGAAACCAUCUCUUCAUUAUCGAUAUGCACUGGAAUCCGGCACUUGAGCAGCAAGCCUGCGACAGAAUCUACCGGGUCGGACAAACAAAGAAUGUCUUCAUUCAUAGAUUUGUUUGCAAGGACACGAUAGAGGAUAAGAUAGUUCAGCUGCAAAAUAAAAAGCUGAUGCUCUCCAAAGAUAUACUCUCAGGAUCCGGAUCAUCUGCCAUUAAUCUGACGUUGCAGGAUUUCCGCUUGUUGUUUGGCAUCGGUUCGGAAGAUAAUUGUUACAGAUUUGAUCGCUUUCAAAAUACCAAGCCAUGGUGAUAGCUUCUUUUUUUCUCAUCUCCCACGUGCCUUUGUGAAAUUUAGAUUUUUGACAUCUUACGCACUUUAAUUCAACCGAUGUGAUCAAUGUUAUGCCUCUUUCACUUAUACUUUUUUUGUAACAUUGUAGCUAGUUUUUAAAUAUGUCAUCAUUUCGACCUUGAGACACAAUUUAUAAACGAACUUUUUUUGUAUUGGCUCAAAUGUAUUUUUAUUAUAAUUCGUUACAAUUUUAAAAUUAAUAAUUAUUAAUAUAUAUUGUUUCUAUAAAUAAUGGACCAAUGUGUUUGCUCUGUAGGAAUUGCGUCUUUUUAACAAGGCAGAAUUAUUUUUCAAGAUUUUUUUUUAAGGUAGGGUAAUUUUCAUUGUUUUAUAAUCACUUACUCCCUUCAAUUGCUUUUGCUUUUUGUAUUAAAAUUCAAAAGACUGGUAAGCUGACAGUUUGUUCGGGAUACAAUUUUUUAAUAUUUUCAUUUUAAUACAGUAACUUUGCAGCUUAGGAAAUAUUCAUUCAAGCUUGGUGUUUUGAUCAAAUAUGCUGAUUUGAAGUUGUCGGCGCAUAUCUUCAUUAUAGGAGUGCAUUUUCCAUACUUUGCAUGGUAUAUUUUUCUUUAUGUUUCUUAUUUUAAUACUAUUAUUUUUGUAUUUGUGUCUUGCAUGUUGAACCUUCUUUUUUUAUUCUUUGAAGAAUCAUAUCUGACAGACGCAGAAA